GUGUCUCACGCUGGUAAAUUACGCGAUGAUGUAAUUGACUGAUUGUUGACGUAACCAAUCGAGGUGAGCGGACCAGAGACACAGGCGGAUUAACCACGAGCAUCCUGUUAUGUUUUUUUAAGCCGCUCCUCAUAUUGAAACGCUCAGGGAUGGCAGGAAGCCCUGAUCGCCAACAAGGGGAUGAAGGCCCCCAGAACACAAUCAUUCGCCUUCAAAGCUACUUACACGGAGGAACCUCCAGCUUUCUGUCAACGGUUCCCACCGUACUUGUUUUUCCCGUCUACAAGACCAUUUUCCGUCAGCAGAUCCACAACACCUCGGUGCACCAGGCGGUGGUACAGCUCUAUAAAGAGGGUCCUCUGAAGCUCUAUAGGGGCGUGGCUCCACCGCUCCUGAUGAGGACCCUGAACGGCACGCUACUCUUCGGCCUCCAGGACACACUCCUCCGUCAUCUUUCACUGUCAACCACCAUCUCGGCCGCUGCCCUACCUGCUCUGGCUGGAUUUGGGGUAGGUAUCGUGGAAGCCGUGGUCUUCACCCCGAUCGAGCGAGUUCAGAAUGUGCUGCAGAAUGGCCACAAUGACAAGAGUCUUCCGUCCUUGAGGAGUGUUCUCAUGAAGUUGAAGGUAGAAGGGAUUAGCCAGGGCUAUUACAGAGCCUUCCUGCCCAUCGCAGCCCGCAACGCCCUCGGCAGCUCCCUGUAUUUUGGCCUGAAGGGGCCUGUGUGUGCCGUCGUGGCGGGGCAGGGACUCUCUCCCACGGCCUCCUCAUUCGUCUCAGGAACGCUGACCUCCAUGGUUAUCAGCUUGACUCUGUACCCUCUGUCUGUGCUGGUAGCAAACAUGCAAGCACAGGUGGGAGGAGAGGUUAAGGGUGUCGUUGCAUGUUGGAGGCAGCUGUGGGAAUCUCGGAAUCAUAGCUUGGUUCCGUUGUAUCGAGGAGGGAGCCUUGUUAUCCUAAGGUCAUGCAUUACGUGGGGAAUCACCACAGCUAUUUACGACAGACAACAGAAAGGAUCCUCCUGAACGUGGAUGCUGAAAGUUAUUCUGCAUCAACCCUACUUCUCAUUAAGUGCAAAUAUGAUAAAAGACUUUGUUCUUCUGAUUUAGUAGGUUUUUGAAGUUUAGGCCUUUCUUACAGAAGAAGUUCUGAUUCGCCAGAGUAAAACUCAGGUGUUCUAUGUCUCAGUUAAAAUUACUCCUGGACCUCUGACUGUGUUUGAGCCGUUAUUUGCAAGAAAGCUGAUGAUUGUUCUCACAGGAAACUGAGGUUGGAGGAAGUGGGAUUUCUUUGUGCAACUUGUACAGAGAAUUACAUGUUGAAAGUAUUUCUCAACAAAAAAAGCUCUUUGACAGGAAAGUCUAAUAGUGAAUGAUGUUUCACUUGCAAUUGAAAUAAAUGUUAUUUUACUGGAUUUUUUUUGUUUUUGUUUGUUUUACACUUCCUUUAGUUUUCUGCAGGUACUGGCAAUGUUAAAUGUCUUGUUCAAGGUAUCUGUUUAUUGGUGGAGCGCCACCUCCUGGAUCCAGUUCCUGUGUAAAUAAUCAUCAGUUUCUUUGUAUUUAACCACCCAAUGCAAACAUGGUUGAUGAAACCACAUAGAAUUGUUUUUAUGUUUUUUGGGGGGGUUUUUGUCAGUGGAGUUGUAUAACAUUAAAAAUUGGAUUAAUUUUUGGACCAACGUGGCUCCAACCUCUGGGACCAAUUAAUCUCGAUUUGCUAUGAAUGAAUGAAAUACAAAGAAAAUGAUGUUCUGCAUGUCAAAUAUGAACUGCUUAUAACAACCUGACUUGCAAAUACUGACUGAUCUCUUUAAAUCAGUCAGUAUUUAAAGCACACCUGCCUUGAUGAAAACAUCAUGUUGCCUGUUUUAUAUGCAACAAUGCAAACUAACAUCAUUACUGCUAAGAAGCUUUGCUGAAUAUUUCUCAUGUUCCUCAAGUUUUAAGCAGAUUAUGGUGCUGUUUUUUUUUUGUUUUUUUUAAACUGCCUUUAUUCUUGUUGACUUUUCUGGGAAUCUGUGCUCAUUGCAAUGGUGUUACAUAUUUGCGAAAGAUAUAGUCUGAUAUUUUUUACUAACGUAAUGGUUAAGCUUGCGAACACAGUCAGUGUCUGCAUUGAACAAAUGUGAUCAAAUAACCAUGCAGUAAGAAAAAUGGGCGCAUAUGCUUAAUAGAAGAUCCCCCCCCCCAAAAAAAAAAAAAAAAAUUGUAUCAGUGAAAAAUGAAUCAAGGGUUUACCUUUAAAUGCAUGUUGACUGAACAUCAAUUAAGACAAUGUUACAUGCAGCGCAAUAUCAAGACACUCGUAUACACUAUCCUGUUGUUGUCGCUAUGAGGUUGGUUAAACAAGGUAGCAGCUUAAGACGUGGUUUACAGGCAGCCAGAAAAAAAACAUCUGUGUCAGUUUGACCUUUUAAUUAUUCAUUGUCUUCCAGAUUGUCAAUUUAAAUUAAUCUUAAAUGAUUUUAUUUUUAUGCAUUUUGUAUCAGUGAUUGUUGUUGGUGUCUCUUUAAGGUGCUGAAAAACCAUUCAACUGAUGUUUGAAUAAUAAACUCUUUUUGCCUUUAAAAAAAUGUUUAGUCCUUAU